AUGGCCCCAGGAAUCACCACAAACGAAGUCGCCUACAUGCCACCCUCAACGAACUCCGAGGCACCUUCUCUAUACUCAGGCAGGAACGAGAAAGAACUGCAAGAAAAUACGAAAAAAUUCCUUGCCAACUACGGCACAAAAUUCAGCAACGAUGUGGUCGUUGGAAGCAAAGGCUUAUACGUCUACACUGCUUCAGGACACAGAGUGCUGGACUGGACCUCGGGCCAAAUGUCUUGCUUAUUAGGGCACGGACACUCAGAAAUCGUCAAAACCAUCGCAGACCAUGCAGCCUCACUAGACCAUCUCUUCUCAGGCAUGGUAUCCCCGCCAGUAAUCAGUCUCGGCGAAAGGCUAUGCAACCUCCUUCCACCAGGUCUUGACAAGGCAUUCUUCCUCUCAACUGGCGGCGAAAGCAACGAAGCCGCCAUAAAGAUGGCCAAGGUGUACACAGGCAAAUUCGAAGUCGUCGGCCUAGGCGCCAGCUGGCAUGGGAUGACUGCCCAAGCUCUGGGGACACAAUAUCACUUCGGUCGGAAGGGCCAGGGUCCUCUGCUACCGGGGAUGAUGAUGCUUCCCGCGCCAAAUGCAUAUCGCUCUAUAUUCCGCCGACUGGAUGGAUCUUACGACUGGGAAGCUGAGCUCGAGUAUGGCUGGCAAAUGAUCGACAUGCAAUCCUGCGGGUCCCUGGCCGCUUGUAUCGUAGAAUGCAUCCAGUCAUCGGCAGGAAUGCAUGUCCUUCCGCCCGGGUAUCUGGCCGCGUUGAAAAAGCAAUGCGAAAAGCGCGGUAUGCUUUUGAUUGUCGACGAGGCGCAGACGGGUGUCGGGCGAUGCGGCGAUAUUAUGGCAAUCGCGCAUGAGGAUGUCGUUCCUGAUAUCCUGACGCUUAGCAAGACUCUUGGUAAUGGUCUACCCUUGAGUGCUGUUGUAACCAGCGCGGAGAUUGAUCGGGUGUGCAUGGAGCGUGAUUAUUGCUUCUAUACGACGCAUGUAAAUGAUCCGUUGCCGGCUGCGGUUGGGGAUAAGGUGCUUGAGAUUGUUGUUCGUGAUGGGCUGGUGGAGCAUUCUCGUGCUAUGGGCAAGGUGCUCCACGAUGGUCUACAUAGAUUGAAAGAGAAGCAUGGAUGCAUCGGCGAUGUUCGUGGUCGUGGACUCAUGGCUGGAGUGGAAAUUGUGGAAGAUUGUGUCACGAAGGCCCCGGCGAUAGACCUGGGUCGUGAAAUUGGUGACCGUGCGUAUGCACUAGGGCUCUGGGCGAAUCUCAGCAGCCAUAAAAGCUUUGGUGGUACUUUCCGCAUUGCACCGCCGAUUACCAUUCGCGAAGAAGAGCUGCGGGAGGGACUGGAAAUUUUGGAACGGGCAUUUGAAUCAACUCCCGGCACUCUUCCAUUGAGAUGA